AUGAAAGUGAGAAGUUAUCCAGGAAGAGCGGUCCUGGAGGACUCCGAGCUGAUCCUGGACCCGGAAGCGACUCGCGGCCGAGCUAUGGAGCUUCUUUAUGAGGCAAGUUGGCGCGAGUGUGACAUUAACUGGGCCAAUAGUUCCAGGAACAAGUCCAUUGGAACUUUGCCCGCUUCUGGGACCGGCUCCAGGGAAAUUGAUCGUGUUCUCAGUCAGCUGGAGAAUGUUCUUGAUAGGGACCAAGAUGAUAAAGAUGAAGAUGAGGAUGAGGAUGAGGAGGGAGAAGGAAGUGGUGAAAAUGGGGAGUUUGACCGGGGGAGCAAAAGCUCCAAGUGCAGCUCUGAUAGUGAACUUGACGGUGAUAGGGAUAAGGAUAAGGAUAAAGGUUCUAGUGGAAGUUUUUUGAUUCCAAGGCCCAGGCUCAUUGUUCCGGUACACACUUAUGCGAGGAAGAGGAGGACCGGCGCGCCUCUACCUGGAAAGAGACAGUAUAGAGAGGGAAAAGUUGAGGUUUCUAGAGAUGGAAAGUAUCUUAGCACACUGGCUCCCGUUAAAGUGUUGGGUGAAUUGGCUAUUCUUUAUAAUUGCAAGAGGACGGCAACUAUUACUGCUGCUACUGAUUGUCAAUUAUGGGCCAUUGAUCGGCAAUGCUUCCAGACUAUUAUGAUGAGAACUGGAUUGUCGAGACAGGCUGAAUAUACUGAUUUCUUGAAAAGUGUACCUAUCUUCAAAAAUUUACCCGACGAAACAUUAAUAAAAAUCUCCGACGUUCUAGAAGAGACAUUUUAUAAUAACGGUGAUUACAUAAUACGGCAAGGAGCUCGAGGCGACACUUUCUUCAUAAUAAGUCGCGGUCAGGUGCGCGUGACAAUAAAACAACCGGAUACAACUAAUGAAAAGUACAUCAGGACACUUGGCAAAGGCGAUUUCUUCGGCGAGAAGGCAUUACAAGGGGAUGAUUUGAGAACAGCCAACAUAGUAGCUGAUGAUCCAGACGGUGUCAGCUGUCUCGUAAUAGACCGAGAAACAUUUAAUCAAUUAAUAUCCUCGCUGGAUGAAAUUAGAACGCGCUACAAAGAUGAAUUAGUUGAGCGUAGAAGAAUAAACGAAGAAUUCCGUGAUUUACGUCUGGGAGAUCUCCAUUCACUAGCAACCUUAGGAGUUGGUGGAUUCGGUCGAGUAGAAUUAGUCCAAAUAAAAGGUGAUGGUAGCCGUUCGUUUGCUCUCAAGCAAAUGAAGAAAUCACAAAUUGUAGAGACUCGUCAGCAGCAGCACAUUAUGUCCGAAAAAAGAAUCAUGGGUGAAGCUGAUUCGGACUUUAUCGUAAAACUGUUCAAGACAUUCAAAGACCGCAAGUAUCUGUACAUGCUGAUGGAGGCCUGCCUUGGUGGAGAACUGUGGACCAUUUUACGUGAUAAAGGUCACUUUGAUGAUGGAACCACCAGGUUCUACACCGGAUGUGUCGUUGAAGCUUUUGAUUACUUGCACUCCCGGAAUAUCAUCUACCGCGAUUUAAAACCGGAAAACUUACUGCUAGAUAGUCAUGGUUAUGUUAAAUUAGUGGACUUUGGUUUCGCGAAACGUUUGGAUCACGGAAAAAAAACUUGGACAUUCUGCGGCACGCCGGAGUACGUUGCGCCAGAAGUUAUUUUAAACAGAGGUCACGAUAUUAGUGCCGAUUAUUGGUCACUGGGUGUUCUAAUGUUCGAAUUAUUGACCGGUACACCUCCAUUCACUGGCGCAGACCCCAUGAAAACUUACAAUAUUAUUUUGAAGGGAAUUGACGCUAUAGGAUUUCCAAGAACUAUCACCAGAAAUGCUACUAAUUUAAUUAAAAAACUCUGCCGCGAUAACCCUGCCGAACGAUUGGGAUAUCAAAAAGGCGGGAUUAGUGAAAUUCAAAAACACAAAUGGUUCGAUGGUUUCAACUGGGAAGGUCUGAGAGCAAGGACACUGGAGCCUCCAAUAAUGCCCCGGGUACAAAACGCCACAGACACCGCUAACUUCGACGAAUACCCUCCAGACUCAGAACCUCCACCUCCUGAUGACGUCUCUGGC